UAUUCCUUUUUAAGCACGGGAGGCGGCGCGCUCCCUUCCGCGGCCGCGGAGCCACGCUGGGGAGGGCGGCGGCGGCGCCGGCGGGGAUGCCUUGAGCGGCCGGCACGGCUCGGCUCGGCUCGGCUCAGCCCGGUCUAUGAAGCAUCGGCUCGGCUCCCCCGCGCACCUGCUUGAGCGCGCUCCCGCGGGCGCGGAGGGCCGCGCAGCGCCAUGGCGCGGGUGGUGCAGAAGAAGAGCCACUGGGCCGGCCGGGUGCGGCAGUGCGCCCUGAGCCGGGGGCCCGGCGGGCAGCUGGGCUUCGUGCUGCUGGGGGGCGCGGAGCACGGCGAGUUCCCCUACGCGGGCGCGGUGGUGGCGGCGGGGGGCGGCGAGGAGGCGCUGAGCGAGGGGGAGCUGCUGCUGGAGGUGCAGGGGGUGCGCGUCUCCGGGCUGCCUCGCUACGACGUGCUGGAGGUGAUCCGCAGCUGCCGGGAGCCCAUCGUGGUCAAAGCCGUCCGACAAGGAAGCAGACUGAACAAAGACCUGAGACAUUAUCUCAACCAGAGGUUUCAGAAAGGAUCGCCGGAUCACGAUCUACAGCAGACUAUUAGAGAUAACCUUUAUCGCCAUGCUGUGCCUUUGCUGAGGAUCAUUACAUACCACGACUUAAAGACAAGACCUCACAAAGGAAGGAUUAAUCUUGUAUUUGUGCUUGAAUUUCGAAGGACUCAGGCAAGCACAACUCGCCCUCCGAGAGAAGGAGAAGUGCCUGGUGUGGACUACAACUUUCUGACUGUGGAGGAGUUUCUGGAGUUGGAGCGAAGUGGGACCCUUCUGGAAGUAGGAACCUAUGAAGGUAACUAUUAUGGAACGCCCAAGCCUCCCAGCCAGCCCCUCAGUGGGAAAGUGACUUCCACCGAUGCUCUGCAAAACCUGCAGUCUGGCUCCAAGCAGUCGACUCCAAAGCGAACCAAGUCUUACAAUGAUAUGCAAAAUGCUGGCAUAGUGCACACAGAGAAUGAGGAAGAGGAUGAUGUACCUGAAAUGAGCAGUAGCUUCACAGCAGAGUCUGGUGACCAAGACGAGCAUAAUACGCAUAUCGUAAGAGAGACAGCCCCACCGUCCGUGCUUGAUAGCCACACCAACGUUCCCACCACGGAACCAUCUCAGAACCUCCCUCAAUACCUACCUCCUUCUGCCGAGGACAACCUAGGUCCUCUGCCGGAAAACUGGGAGAUGGCCUACACCGAGAACGGAGAAGUCUAUUUUAUAGACCAUAAUACAAAAACAACAUCUUGGCUAGAUCCACGGUGCCUGAACAAACAGCAAAAGCCUCUAGAAGAAUGUGAAGAUGAUGAAGAAGGGGUACACACGGAGGAACUGGACAGUGAACUAGAGUUGCCUGCUGGUUGGGAGAAAAUCGAGGAUCCCGUAUAUGGUGUCUACUAUGUAGACCACAUCAACCGGAAGACACAAUAUGAAAACCCAGUUCUUGAAGCGAAGAGGAAGAAACAGCUUGAGCAACAGCAACAGCCACCCGAAGAAUGGACAGAGGAGUGUCCAUCUCUCCCACCACCCGCUGCUCCAAACCAUGUUUCAAACAACCAAGAGGCAGUUCGGGAAGCACCAGUGCAAGGGAAACCUUUUUUUACGAGAAACCCUUCGGAGUUGAAAGGGAAGUUCAUCCACACUAAGCUAAGGAAAAGCAGCAGGGGGUUUGGCUUCACUGUCGUUGGAGGAGAUGAACCAGAUGAAUUUCUGCAGAUCAAAAGUUUGGUGCUCGACGGCCCCGCAGCCCUGGAUGGCAAAAUGGAAACAGGGGACGUCAUAGUCAGCGUGAACGACACCUGUGUGCUGGGGCACACUCACGCUCAAGUAGUGAAAAUCUUCCAGUCCAUCCCCAUCGGUGCCAGCGUGGACCUGGAACUGUGCCGAGGCUACCCCCUGCCCUUCGAUCCCGAUGACCCCAACACGAGCCUGGUGACGUCCGUGGCGAUUUUGGACAAAGAGCCAAUCAUUGUGAACGGGCAGGAAAACUACGACUCCCCGGCGAGCCACAGCAGUAAAACAGGGAAAGUAAACGGCACAAAGGAAGCGAGACCCAGCAGCCCGGCUGAGGUCUCCUCCAACGGACCCCACGGCUACCCCAAUGACACGGUCUCUUUGGCAUCCUCGAUAGCAACGCAGCCUGAACUGAUAACUGUGCAUAUAGUGAAAGGGCCCAUGGGCUUUGGCUUUACUAUAGCAGACAGUCCCGGCGGGGGCGGCCAAAGAGUGAAACAAAUCGUGGACAGCCCGCGGUGCCGAGGCCUGAAGGAGGGCGAUCUCAUAGUCGAAGUGAACAAGAAGAAUGUGCAGAGCCUCACGCACAACCAGGUGGUGGAUAUGCUGAUUGAAUGUCCCAAGGGAAGCGAAGUCACGUUGCUGGUGCAGCGAGGAGGACUGCCGGUCCCAAAGAAGAGCCCAAAGUCGCAACCACUUGAAAGGAAAGACAGCCAAAACAGUUCUCAGCACAGCGUCUCGAGCCACCGCAGCGGGCACACCGCUUCCCCCGUUCACAGCGCGCAGGUGCUGCCGGACUACGCCGCCGCCGAGCCGCCUGCCGCGGAUCAACCGGACGGCUCUGGGCAGAAAAAGCCAGAUCCAUUCAAAAUCUGGGCCCAGUCCAGGAGCAUGUAUGAAAGCCGACCUAUGUCACCUUCGCCUGCAACUGGACUGAGCAAGGGUGAGAGAGAGAGAGAAAUCAAUUCCACGAGUUUUGGAGAAUUUCCAGAUUAUCAAGAGCAGGAUAUCUUUCUAUGGAGAAAGGAAACCGGUUUUGGAUUUAGGAUUCUGGGUGGAAAUGAGCCUGGAGAACCUAUUUACAUCGGUCACAUUGUACCGCUGGGUGCUGCUGAUGCUGACGGCCGCCUGAGAUCGGGCGAUGAGCUGAUCUGCGUGGAUGGGACGCCCGUUGUUGGGAAAUCGCACCAGCUCGUCGUCCAGCUUAUGCAACAGGCAGCCAAACAAGGUCACGUCAAUCUGACUGUCAGGCGCAAAGUAGUUUACACAGUUCCCAAGGCAGAGAAUGAAGUCCCGUCCCCAGCCUCAUCCCACCACAGCAGCAACCAGCCGGCCUCGCUGACGGAGGAGAAGCGAACGCCGCAGGGCAGCCAGAACUCCCUCAACACCGUCAGCUCGGGCAGUGGCAGCACCAGUGGCAUCGGGAGCGGAGGCGGGGGAGGCAGUGGCGUUGUCAGCGCCGUGGUCCAGCCCUACGACGUGGAAAUCCGCCGCGGCGAAAACGAGGGCUUCGGCUUCGUCAUCGUCUCGUCGGUGAGCAGGCCGGAGGCGGGGACGACGUUCGGUCGGAUAAUUGAAGGGAGUCCCGCAGACCGCUGUGGCAAGCUGAAAGUAGGCGAUCGGAUCUUGGCCGUGAACGGGUGCUCCAUCACCAACAAGUCGCAUUCAGACAUCGUCAACCUCAUUAAGGAAGCGGGAAACACCGUUACUCUGCGCAUCAUUCCAGGAGAUGAAUCCUCCAAUGCUACUUUAUUGACCAAUGCAGAAAAAAUUGCUACAAUUACCACCACACAUACUCCUCAGCAAAUACCGCAGGAAACCAGCAGGAACAACACCAAACCAAAGCAGGAAUCCCAGUUUGAUUUCAAACAGCCCCAAGCAGCUCAGCAGGACCAAGAUUUUUACACUGUUGAGCUGGAAAGAGGAGCCAAAGGGUUUGGCUUUAGCCUGCGAGGCGGCCGGGAGUAUAAUAUGGAUCUGUACGUGCUGCGACUAGCUGAGGAUGGUCCAGCUGAGAGAUGUGGGAAGAUGAGGAUCGGUGAUGAAAUCCUAGAGAUCAACGGUGAAACUACCAAGAACAUGAAGCACGCUCGGGCCAUCGAACUGAUUAAAAAUGGUGGCCGCAGGGUCCGCCUGUUUCUGAAACGUGGAGAUGGCUCUGUCCCAGAAUAUGACCCCAGCAGUGACAGGAACAGUCCCGCCACAGGUUCACAAAAUGUAUCGGAAAUGAAACCCGCGCCAUCCGACCGACGGCAGCACCCAUCAUUGGAGUCCAGUUAUCCACCAGACCUUCACAAAUCAUCACAACAUGGGGACAGGCGGACUUACGUUAGAGACCUAAAAGGCAGCAGAGAGGUUAGCAGACAUCCCAAUGAACACCACACUUGGAAUGGGACUUCUAAAACCAACGACACCGUGCCAGGCAGGAGGACGGAGAGGUCGCCGGACAGGAGGCGCGAGAGGCAGCCGGAGAGGGCGGUGGUGAACGGGCAGAAGAGGAGGUCUCCCGAAAAGCGGAGGGAAGGGACAAGGAGCGCUGACAACACCCUGGAGAGGCGGGAGCGGCACGAGAGGAGGAGAGACCUCUCCCCCGAGAGGCGCAGGGAGCGGUCGCCCAGCCGGCGCCGGCGCUCGCUGGAGAGACUCACAGAGCCGAGGAGGUCGCCCGACCGGAGAAGAGAGACCUCCCUCGACCGGCGGGCCAAGUCGUCCGACCGACGGAGGGAGAGGUCGCCCGACAGACGGCUCAGGGAGGAGCGAGCCGGCCACCAGGAGAGGGAAGACCCCGGCUGGAAGCACGAGGCGAGCCGCCGGCACCUGCCUGAGCAGCGCAGGCGGCCCUACAAGGAGUGCAGCACCGACCUCAGCAUCUGAGGGGUCCCCCGGGGUCCCCGUCGCCUGCCCCACGCCACGGGAGUGGAGGAGAGAGCACGGGAGCUGGAAGGAUCCAGCCUCCGCAAGGCGAGGAGACACCCGGCACCUGCUGGUCCUACAAACCUUUUAUGCAGAUGAAAUCUUAUAACAAACAAACAAAAAAAAGUGUUGUGCCUGAUGUAUAAUAUUAAAGAAAGUAUUUUUCAGUGUAUUCUUUUUUUUUUUUUUUAAUUACUUGCCAAAUGUUGGUCCUAAAGGAUUAUAAAGUUCUGUUUCUACAUUCUUUGUAGAUUUCUUAAGAAUAAUUCCUUUAUCGGGCUACUUUCCCCCCUCCCCAAUAUAGUAAAUGGGGGUAGCCAGUAAUAUAAUAUAGGUAAAGGAUUUUAUGACCAAGUUUGAAUAAUUUGAUCCAGACUGUUCUCUAGUGACUCACUGCUACACUGUAUGUAGAAAAUUUUUUAAGGGUUGGGGGUGGGGAAGGAAGAAUAUUGUUCAUCUCAGUAGGAAUGGAGCGCUCCUGCUGAAGGAAUUAAAAAAGAAAGAGACAAAAUGUUCCUAAAAUUGCAAGAACUGUUUGAAGAGACUACUGUUUCAAUGAAGGAUAUUUAUAAUAAUAAUAAAUAAUAAAUAAAUAAAAGAACAAAAAAAAACCCACACAGCACAAGAUGAUUUACGAUAAGGAAUUUCUAGUUUGUUCCAUGAACAGUUUAUACUUUCAGGCCCCCCUCUACAGGAUGCGCAAAGGCAGAAAGACUGGUAACCACCAUGCCUGUGUCACACACUAACGUAGACUGUUGAUCUCUCAUUAGCCUCAGCAACACUUAACGAUAUGUCAUUAAGGCAGCCACCGCAGCCCUACUCAUCUUCUAGAUGUAUAUGGACAGCAACCGGAGCAUGCAUGGUAUUGUUUUGUCUGCUUUGAAGCAAGGGAAGGGAACGGGAUCCUGGGACAAGGCACAAUGCGGUGGGGAGCGGAGUCCUCCCUCGGAGCGGGUGUAUUCCUUCUGCUCAGGCAAAACCAGUGGGCUUUUCUUAUUUUGCCAAAUUCAGAAAAUUCUCCUUUUCGUAGGUAUUUAAGUUUUUAGUUUACUGGUUCAUCCUUACUGAGACAAAAGGAGUGCACUUGCUGGGGAAAAAAAAUAAAAG